AAUGUUGCAGAGAGGUUAUGAUCUGACUUUUGUUUUAGAUUCCCGAAAACUUCCUCGAUUCCGCUGCCGAUUGACCGGCGACGAUUUAGACAAAACUUUUCUGAACCGAAACAGUUUAACUGAAGACACAAAGGAUAAAAGUGUCAUUUAAGCGGUUUAAUCUUAAAGUAAUUAUGGGCAAACUUGUCAUUUUGGCGGUUAAUACUUUCACCAACCAACACUCGUCUCAGUGACUUGUUUUUGAUUAAUCGAUCCUACGACCACCAGCCGAAGACGACCGCCGGCGAAAUUUCCCGGUUUGCUAACUUUUAUUGUCUCAUCUUGCUCUUCCCCCUCGCCGUGCAGAUCUCUGAUCCCAAACCUACAUCCUACAAGUUUAAUGGAUGCGUUAAUUACUUCAAGGGCUGUUCCAGUUCAGGUUCCCUGUAGAAAGCUCUCAUCACUUUCUGCUAAUUUGUCUUGCCUUGAGUUAAAGAGGUAUUCUUGUAGAGGGCGUGUCUCGAUCAUGGACCAUCCCAAAUUGCUUCGUCCAGUGAGUGCUUCUGUGCAGCCACAGGAGUUGUCGGCUUUGGGUCACAAAGGCAACGUUGCUCCUUCAAAAGAAAUUCUUGAUCUUUGGAGAAAUGCUGAAGCGGUAUGCUUCGAUGUGGAUAGCACGGUUUGUGUGGAUGAAGGUAUUGAUGAACUUGCAGAGUUUUGUGGAGCUGGAAAGGCUGUUGCUGAAUGGACUGCCAGAGCAAUGGGUGGAUCUGUUCCAUUUGAAGAAGCUCUAGCCGCAAGACUUUCUUUGUUCAAGCCUUCUCUUUCAAAAGUUGAAGAGUAUCUCGAAAAGAGACCCCCGAGACUGUCCCCUGGCAUUGAAGAGUUGGUGAAGAAGCUCAGAGCCAAUAAAAUUGAUGUCUAUUUGAUAUCAGGAGGUUUUCGACAGAUGAUUAAUCCUGUAGCAUCGAUUCUUGGCAUCCCUCGAGAGAAUAUCUUCGCCAACAACCUUCUAUUUGGAAAUUAUGGCGAGUUUCAGGGCUUUGAUGAGAAUGAACCUACGUCAAGAAGUGGAGGCAAAGCCGAAGCAGUUCAACAAAUACGAAAGGGUCGUCUCUACAAGACCAUGGCCAUGAUUGGAGAUGGUGCUACUGAUCUUGAAGCACGUCAACCGGGUGGCGCGGAUUUGUUCAUAUGCUACGCCGGAGUUCAGCUUCGUGAAGCCGUUGCAGCAAAAGCAGACUGGCUUAUCUUCAAGUUUGAAUCUCUCAUAAACUCGUUGGACUAAAAGCUUCUUUUCUAGUAAUUAGUCUCAUUGAGUUAAACUCAUUAUUCAUAUCUCAAAAUUUGGAACUUUUAUUAUAUCAAUGUGUUAAAUUCCAUUGAAUCAACAAACGUUUUUACCAA